GAAAUCUAGAUGGCUGUAGUCAGAGGUUAAGUUCGAUGGUCGAAGGUUCCUGCUUUCAUCUAGAACGAUUGGGCUUAACGAACGAAACUUAUUUUUAGAUUUUCGUGCUGUAGACUGUUCAAGCUCAACUUAGAGGUCGAACUAUUUAAUUUAGAUAAAAACUUCCAUUCAUCUGUUAUUAUGUCGGCAACGAGUGUAUUCUCGAGAUUUUCAGUUCAUCUGAAACAUCUUAGUGGAGUGAGGACAAAUUAUACUUCAACAAGGCCUAAUCUAAGAAUAGAUGGAAACACAAAAUUGAUAAUACAAGGGUUGACAGGAAAGCAAGGAAGUUUUCAUGGCAAGCAAGCAAUCGACUAUGGCACGAAAGUAGUAGCCGGAGUGACACCAGGAAAGGGAGGCCAGAAACACCUUGAUGUUCCUAUUUUCAACACUCUCAAAGAGGCGAAGGACGCGACAGGCGCAGACGCGACAGUGCUGUACGUGCCGCCACCUCGUGCCGCACAGGCCAUCCUGGACGCAAUCGACGCCGAGAUUCCGCUGAUUGUGUGCAUCACAGAGGGAAUCCCCCAGCAGGACAUGGUGCGUGUCAAGCACACGCUCGUCCGCCAGAACAAGUCGCGGCUCAUCGGGCCCAACUGUCCUGGCAUCAUCGCACCCGAUCAGUGCAAGAUCGGAAUCAUGCCAGGUCACAUUCAUAAAAAGGGUAAAAUAGGAAUCGUUUCCAGAUCUGGUACUCUGACCUACGAAGCCGUCCACCAAACUUCGGUUGUUGGUCUUGGCCAGAGUUUAUGUAUUGGAAUUGGAGGCGAUCCAUUCAACGGAACUGAUUUCAUCGAUUGCCUUGAAGUAUUUUUGAAGGACGAAGAAACGAAAGGAAUUAUUCUCAUUGGAGAAAUUGGAGGUGUCGCCGAGGAGAAUGCUGCUGAAUAUCUCACUCAACAUAACACGGGGCCAAACAAGAAACCUGUAGUAUCGUUCAUUGCCGGCUUGAGCGCUCCCCCUGGCAGGAGAAUGGGACAUGCUGGAGCUAUCAUUUCUGGUGGAAAAGGUGGUGCUCAAGAUAAAAUCAAAGCUUUGGAACAGGCUGGCGUCAUUGUUACCAGGAGUCCGGCUCAGAUGGGAAAUGAAUUGAAUAACGAAAUGAGGCGACUGGGAAUCAAGUAGAUCUUCUACAGUAGUCCACCCUCCGCUGCAACAUCUAGUAGUAUUCAAUUUAUUAAUAAAUUUGAACCUUUGCUCUUAUGCAUACAUCUCGGAUGAUGGAGUAUAAUAUUCGUUGUUGUUGGUCAAUAAUAGGAAUUACAAGUUACUACAUAGAUUCUGCACACUUUGCGCUAUCUCCCUUUUAUUUAUUCCCGUUAUCGAUCGCAAUACUUCGUUUAGCAAAUCUAAAGUGCUUCGUUAUUUUCGUUGAUGAGUUUUGUUCACCAAAAGAACACCAAAGUUGUAUCUUUUUUUAAUUGUUAUGAUUUCGCCUAGAACUGUAUAUACGUCCCACCACUGUCAGCAAAUUAUAUAAUGACUGGUGCAUGAUAGCAGAAUGUUGCUCAACAGAUCAGUAUUGAACAAAUUUCGAGCUGCCAAUUUGAACAUUUUCUCUUGUUUUACAACUGCCCACCAAUAUAAAACGAAUUACAUUUAAAGAUGGAUAUUUCUAAAUAUAGUAUUAUUAUAUAAGAAGAUGAAUCUUGAUACUAUACGUGAAGGUAUUGUAAAAAUAUUGUAUAUUGUUUGAAAGCAUAUUUUAAUUGUUAUUUAUUUACUUUGAAAACUCUAUCGAAAUAAAAUUGCAAUUCCAUGAACUAUUGAAUAAUUAAGCGUUAUAUUUAACUAGGUACAUUGAGUGUACAGCUGUUAAAGUUGAAUGAAAAUUCGCAGAAUAAAAUAAUCUUUAUUGGA